CCGACCAUUUGAACUGCGCCUUCUUUCCAAGUUGAAGGGUUCUCGUCCAGUCAUUUCGGCAUCAAUGGCACGCCAUCUGUCAUCCAUUGAAAACUGCAUUUAUCAGCAAGGCAAAACCCCCAACCCGUCCCGUCUGGCCCGUCAUGAGGCUCAUGGUCAGCUUCAAACUCUCAGCAGCGAAGACGUGUAAAGCAACCUCGCAACACCUAGCGUACCGAGCAUCAUGUCUCAGUACCAGCCGUCUCUACGUACACUACCUUCUCUAAAAACACUGGUUUCUGUUGGAUCGCAAUCCUUUGGUCCCUGUCUUGCCGCCACCAGUCCACCACACCUCGCAGGGCUUGGCAACGUCUUUGAUGGAUCCAGACUGUCGAGUGCUGUCGAGGACCUGCAGAUGGAUGAUGGAAAGGCUGGGACAUCAGAGACAAGUACCUAUGGAAGUCCUCUUUUAUUACAAUAUCUAAUAGGUCCAGUAUAUGCGCACUUCCCGUUGGCGACAGCUCGGAGCAUAACCCGUCCCGGCAGUUACUGUCCGAAAUCUGGUCGCUUUUAGCGAGGUUUAUACACUACCUAGGUACUCAUCACCCGAAUUGGUGUUUAACGCAGGCAACCAGAUAGCCAAGUAACCAACCUCAAGUUCCACGUUGACCGAUCCCCGUCAAGCUGGGGAAGCCAAGCCUACCCCGGAAAGACCAAACUCAUCAAGUUUCCUCAGUCUACUGUCUGUCACCUUCCAGUUAGUUUAGACUCUGACUGUGUAUGUAGUGUACGCAUGCACUGGUAUCGUGAUACAUUCCCAUCGCUGAGUGGGGGUUGAUAUCCAGGUCCCAGCCAGGUCAAGAACCCAAGCAUAGAGGUAUAGGCCAAUUCACCUAGUUAGCUCUUCCUCAUCUUCGACAUGUCUCUCUAGUCUCCAAGCUUUUCACUCUGCAUCUCCAUACUGUCGCAAAGUACCCGCUCCAAAAACCUCUUUCAAAGCGUCACAUUGCAAAGACAAAUAUCCAGCGCUACCAAGCGUCUUAAUAAGUCUAUUGUA